GUCAAAAUGUGUAAGCUUCCUUCCUUGUUAUAGUCGCGCAUAGAGGAUGAGCGCUCAGAGGAUGGAUGGCUGCACAGACAUCAGCAUCACAUGCACAGGGAGACUGUAAGAGCAGCAGAACUAUCAGGAGAGGGAGUCUGAUUGCCUGAGAAAAGACAAGCCAGUCAUCUCAGUGAGAUUCGACCCAAACCUCCUAAAAUUUACCCCAUUAUUCAAUCAUGGACACACUCAGUUCCUCUGCAUCCUGCCCGGAAGUGUACAACCGGAGCGGAGGCAGCAUCAUCCUGCAGCAUUAUAACUACACCGGGAGACUGCAGCACCGAACAUCACACAAAAGCAGCAUCAGCACAGGUUCAGCCGUCCUCCUCUGCUUCAGCAUCCUCAUCAUGCUGGAGAACCUGCUGGUGCUGAUGGCAGUGCUGUUUCGUGUGCGCAUGCGCCACCGUUGGCUGUACAUCUGCAUCGGCAACAUUGCUCUCAGCGAUUUGCUCACAGGAGCAGCCUAUGUGGUGAACAUCUGCAUGUCAGGAGGGCUCACUAUGCAGCUCAGCCCAAUGCUCUGGCUUGUGCGUGAAGGACUUCUGUUUGUGGCCUUGUCCGCCUCCGUGUUCAGCUUGCUGCUGAUUGCAUUGGAGCGCUAUGCCACCAUGAAGUCAGAGUCUGAGAACAGGUACAAGAAGACCUAUCGGAUCUAUAUCCUGGUGGUGCUGUGCUGGAUUUUGGCGUUCAUCAUCGGUUUCCUGCCUCUGUUCGGCUGGAACUGCGUGUGCGAUCUAAGUGGUUGCUCAACUCUGCUGCCCCUUUACUCUAAGAGCUACAUCCUGUUUGCUCUGGUCAUUUUCUUCAUCAUCCUCCUGUCCAUCUGUGGCCUUUAUUUCGCCAUAUACUGGCGCGUCCGGAAAAACACUUCGACGGCCUUGGUGAAAAGCAGAAAGCGCUCCAUCCGUCUCCUCAAGGCUGUGAUCUCCAUCGUGGCUGCAUUUGUGUUGUGCUGGGGCCCAUUGUUUGUCCUGCUCUUGAUCGAUUACUACUGUUACUCGCGUCGCUGCGAGUCUCUCUUCAGCCCGCAGUGGGUCAUCGCCCUGGCCGUCCUCAACUCCUCCAUCAACCCACUCAUCUACUCAAUGGGCAGCCAGGAUCUGCGCAAGGCCAUCUGCAGCCUCCUGUGCUGCAUCUGCCACCCAGAGAGCUUCUCAUCCAAGGAGACCUCGAGCACAUCAGUGAGCCGCCACAGCAGCCUGCGUAACAGUUUCAACAAGGUGCGGAACCUGAGCACGAGCCCACAGAGCCAAGAGAGGAGCAGCAAGAAGACCAGGUUGAGCUCCACCACCUCCUGCCUGUCUGCGUCGAGCUCUUAAACCACAUGUUACACACGCAAACCACAAGGAAAUCACACACCCACAUGCACACAAGAUGCUUGCUCAUGCACACACAGCCACGCACAUGCAAACGGAAUGUUUUUUAUUAAUCAUCAUUUUACAUCUAUUCAGUCUUUUUCUGAAGAAGUGCGUAAAUACCAACACACAUAAAGACAAUUAUGUGUGUUAGCAGACAACUUGUUGUUUUUUUUUUUUUUACCAUUUUUUUAUUGUCAUCUUUAUGAAUUAUGAAUGUACCAUGAAACAUAUAUUUUUAUUAACAAAAACAUAAAAAAAAAAAACUUUUCUACAAUUUAUAUUCUUCUUUUUAUUAUUUUAAUAAUAUUUCUGCUGUUAUUGUUUUAAUAUUAAAUGAAGACAUCAACAUUGUUGAAAAAUAUCAGAUUUUGCCAGGUAAAAAGCAUGUGAAUGCCUUUCUUUAUAAAGAAUGAAGAAAAUCAUUCAAAAACUUUAAAAUAAAUGCAAUAUCUUAUACUCACCAAAAGGCUUUGAAUGAAAACUAUGUAAAUGUUUAUAUGCGUAAAUGAUGGAUAUUUUUUGUACAUGAUGUUUAUCGUGGUGGAAUGUUUACACUUUUGCUGAAAUGUAGAAAUAAGAGCUUUAUAUCUGAAAUAAAGAGAAAUAUUCAUUGACAGUA